GAUGGGAGACAAUCUUCUGGAAUCAUACAACCCUCUAUACGAUGUCCAUCUCCGACAGUAUUUUGCUCUCCCUCAUAUGCAAAAACAUUUGAGAAAUCUUGGACUGCUCGAUGGGUCUGCUGGACAAAGUGAGGAGUUACACGCCGGUCAUUUACAAAUGAUGGAUAUGAUGCUACGGAAUAGAGAAAGAGUACUUCAACAAUUAGUAGACCUUCAACGUAAACUGGAUGCAGCUGAGAAAGUGGAGCUUUACAGACGCAUUCGAAGUGGAGUUACAAAUGCAGAAGAAUUAGAACGUUCACAUGUUUCACGUAGUCUUUCGCGUCCAGCUAGAAGCGCACUUGGAAAUGGCCGAUUUUCAAGGGAGGGAGGUGGUCAUCGGCGUCAACAAUCGCAUAGCCCUGAAGCUGGGGAUUUGAUUAAACGGGUUGAGACAGAUUAUAGAGCUGACAGUGCCCCAAUCAAAAAUUCAAAAAGUAUUUACAACAGAUUGGCAGCUAAUGCCUACAAAUAUCAAUAUUUACAUAAGCUCGACGACCGAACCCUUCGCAAAUACAUGAACUCUUUACGGAAACAAUUGGCCAAACUCGAACGUUUCAGAGAAGUCUCUUUUGGCCCUCACACAAUGGCUAAACACCAACCGGCGCAGUUGCAACAAUCCUGGUUUUUCCGUCGCAGAAGCCUCAAAUCAGGCAGAAAAUCACGAAGCGGCAAGUCACAAUCUCCACGCCGUGCAGGUGCUGCGGCUGAUGAACCUUUAACUAAAAUGCGCAGAACUUCAAUGUCACGCACUAGAGCAACUCAAAAACUUCCACCCUUGCCACAAACCUCAAAACGCUCUUUUACUGGAAAUCGUUCUAUGCCGACUCCAAGCAAGUCUAUGGAGCAAAAAUUGCCGCCAACAGGCAUUACCAAGCAAACUAAAAAGGCUCAAGAACGCCCUAUACGUCGUUCUCAACCAGCUACAGUUCAAAAAACACCAGGCAUUAAAACAACGCCAAUUGGGGCUCGACCUCCUUCAUCUAAAGGAUCCAUCACGCCUGUCAAAGUGCAGAAGCCUCCUUCCAUGUCUGGAGCUUUACCGGUCAUAGGAGCUGCUGUAGGUGCUGCUGGUGUUGCAGCAGUGGCAGCUACUAUUGUAAAUGAUGAUGAGCGUAAGGAGGAGGAUAAUAGAGAAAAUGUGGUUAGUUUAAUGAAAUUGAAGAAGAGACGGAUAUUUGGAGGCAGAUUUUUUAAGGACAACCAUAGGAAAAAAGGCAGAAAAUUCUUCGCAAACAUAUAUCCGUCCCUUUUAAUAGUACAAGAAAAUCUUGGUUGA